GAAGACAAAUAUAUCAUUUGAGUCGGCGUUGGUAAUGCUUAGUUUGCUAGGAAAAUGGAUGUAUACAGAAGACGAAAACGCCGAAAAUUUUCCACAAAACUGCUUCUUUGCCGAGGCAGAAGAAGAUUGGUUACUAGUUGACGUCGAACUGACUGAAGAGGACGCCCUGAUUUUGAAAGAAUACGUGGUUAUAAAUGAACAAAAUGUGGCUUCAGUCAUCGAGCAAAGAAAAAAUUGUGGCAAGCGGUUGCCAGAUGGCCAGCUCAACCAAGAAAUUGUCGAAAAAUCUCGCAAAUACUUCCAUGGAAAAAUGAUUUCUAGGUUAGUCCCAAGAAAGAUGAUGGAACCUUACAAAAUUAUGCGACCCUUAAAAUGGAGCAAGUCGAUGGAUGAAAAGUGCAACGCCCAUAAAUUUCAGAAGAUGAAUUCCUGGUUAGAAAUUUUGUCUUUGAAGGUACCGCGAACCUUGGGAACAGUGGAAAGUAUUCCUGCUGUGCGUGUGAAUGUAAAAAGCCUUAACUUUCCAGACGCGCAGAUGGAAAUCUCUAUGCCGGUGCUUGAACCAGUAAAACUACAGCCCAAACACGCUUACCCAAAGGACCUGUGCACAGCGGUCGUUGAAUUCGAGUCAUCGCCUAAUGCUACGAAGAACUUGUGGGACUCAGAGUACAUCAAACGCAAACGAAGCUUUGACUUUGUGGCGAAAAUAAGGGGCGACUCGAGCGAGGUAGCACUGCGCAUGACUCUAGACCAGGAUCAUGUGUGCGACUUGCUCAAGCUGUCGAUCAGAAAGAGACGAAAGUAUAACCCAGUCACAAGCACCUCUGAUUUGCUUGCGGCUAAUCAAGUUGAUGCUGAGCCUGCACACACUCCCAAGCCUCUUCUUGCAAUAGAGUGGCAGCCAGAACGAUUAGACCCUCCGUCAGCAGUAAUGCAAGAAAGUGAUCCUUCUGAGGACGAUGAAGGUGACGACAAGUGGUUUAUGAGGCCUGCGGUGCCUAUGUUCAGCGACCUCUGUGAAAAGACCUCUCAGCUCUCCUCUAGGCUGGGACACCAAAUCCCUAGGGCUGCAAUGUUCCUGUGGGCGCAGAUCUUGCAGCUGUUGUCCUGCAGCAAAAAGCUCCUUUCUUUGAAAACUCCCGAGGAAGAGGGUUUUCGCAACGUCAUCUUUCGUGAGCCUCAUCAGAGAGGCUACUUGAGGAGUGUGUCUUGCAAGGAUUACUGCGAGGAAAGGGGACGUGCUUCAAUGCAAAAAAAGACCAAGCGGCAUGAUAGUAAGAAAAGCUUGAAGCGCGCACAUGGGGCUCUAACGCAAAAGUAUUACCAUAACACAAACAGAAAAAGGGCCAUGGACUCUACCAAGUUCCAAGGAGCUUGUGGGAGAAGAGGGUGUUAGCUCCUCGAUCUUCAAGCCACUGCAGAGACAAAACGAAUCAUGUCCUACGUCCCUAAAUAUUUUUUGGAAAACUGCUCGAGUUUUUAAAGCUCCUGCCCAUUCCAUCUCUUGUGGUUGCAAUCAAACUUUGACAGCAAACAAUGCUACCAGACCGCCCAACUGGUACGCGAGUGAAUGC